GUUUUGUGCACAAUACGCCUCUAAAUAUGGUAUUAUAUAAAUGCAUCGAAAUAUAUCACCUGGUGUCUCGAUAAACCUUACAUAAUAUAUUGAUUGCAUUGAGAGCGUGCCAGUUCUAUAUGCCUUUCAUAAUUAGGUUAAGUACUAGAGUAGAGAUAAGUAUUAGUAAUUCAGUGGCGAAAGCAUCGUUAAUUAUAGAAGUGUAAUUGUAAUGCUUUAAAAUACGUGACAGCUGGUGCCCCCUCUCGACGAAGGCUCAAAGCGGCCUGACAGAUGUCAGUGUGACGUUUAGUUUUGUGGGAGAUGACGAGGAAAUAGGAUAAAUUAAUGAACACUCGCAGCAAUUAGAGAUAAACAAAGAGUUUAGUGAAGUUUAACCAAAUAUUUUAUGUGAUUUAUCAAUUUACUAAGUAGAUUAAUUAAAAUGUCGUUCGAGGUGAAAGCAUUGUACGAUUUCGAUGGAGAGCCGAAUACGGCGGAGAUGAGCAUUGUGGCUGGAGAGAUUCUGAAGAUAACAAGGGUGGAUGUUGGAGAAGGCUGGUGGGAGGGUCUGAACAGUGUGGGCAAAUCUGGAUUGUUCCCUCAAGCAUACGUAGAGAAGAUCACAGCAACAGCAAGUCCAAUCGUUGAGGCACAAAACACAUCUCCAACUAAAACAGAAGAAUGGGACGAUGAUUGGGACAAUGACACAUACUCAGAAAUAGGUCAAAACAAUAAUGAGAACAUCUACAUGAAUGAUGAUUUCAGCAGCAACUAUGAUGGAGGCGAACACCAUUUCCCAGAUAACAAAGGCACAGUAUCGAAGAAAAGUCUCAAUAGAUUUUCAAGUUUUGUUAAGAAUGGUGGUGAGGAUUACUUGCUGGGACAAGUCAAAGUGCAAGUGAGUGAUGAUCAGAAAAUUCGAAUCAUCCAGCUGGAUGAGAUGUCAUUUGCCUGGCCGCAAGCCAAUGGUAAUUAUACAGUGCAGGUGACAAGUCCCAAAAAAGAAUCGAAAUUGAAAGGCCUGAAAAGUUACAUUGCAUAUCAACUGACUCCAAGUUUCAACAAUAUCCAAGUGUCGAGAAGAUACAAGCAUUUUGAUUGGUUACACGAGAGAUUGUCAGAGAAGUUUGCAUUGCUGGCAGUGCCUCCUUUGCCUGAUAAACAGAUCUCCGGGCGAUACGAAGGCCAAUUUAUCGAACAUCGUCGUGCUCAACUCCAAGAGUUUGUGGAUUACGUCUGCAGACAUCCAAUUUUAUCCAGAUGCGAGGUAUGGCAGCAUUUCCUCACGUGCACCGAAGAGAAAUUAUGGAAGCAAGGAAAACGGCAAGCGGAGAAGGACCAACUGAUAGGAGCUGCAUUCUGUUUAUGUAUAGAAGCACCGGAGAGGACGUUGUUGCCGUCCGUUUCUGAGAAUUUGGAGAGCGAAAAUCUUCCGUUCAUCAAUCGGCUCGACAACGUUUUCAAAGUAGUACUCGCUACAACCACCGAUGCCAGCAAGAAAUACAAAACGCUUUAUUCCAAGGAAAGUCUGAAAAUCGGACAGAAUUUCUUUGCCUUAGGAACUUCAAUCGAUAAUACCGCUAUCCCAUGUAAAUUAGCACAAUUCUGUAAGCACAUUGGCACAGCGUACAUGGACAUCGGGAAAUUGUACGAGCAGCAACCGAUGUACGAUUGGGAUCCCUUGGGCGAUAAAUUCUAUCUGUACCGAGGAAUAACCACAUCAUUCCAGGGGAUCUUCACCGUUUGCAAAGGGGCAUCGAAUAAGAGGAAAGAAUGCGAGAAAACCAUGUCCGGGCAGGUCGUGAACGAAAUCAAGUCACGUUGCGACACCUUAACGUACACAGCGAUGUCAGAGUUGAACCACUUCAAGAACGAGAGGGAGACUGAUCUCAGGGAUGCCCUUAAGAGGCACAUCGAGCAACAAAUCGCCUUCCAUCAGAACAUCGUUGCAACUUUGCAGAAAGCACUAGUAGAAUUACAUUAAUUCUAGUACAAAUAAAAACACGGAAAAAUUAAUCAGGGUGCUUGCAUCAUUUUCGUUUAAUAUUUUAUUAAUUAAAGCAUUUACUUUUUUUUGUAUAUAUUUAUAUACUUUAUAUAACAG